UCAGUAGUCCACUAUAGAACGGAAGCUGUGUGUGUGCGUGUGUCUAAAUGUGUGUCUAAGUGUGUGUUUAAAUGUGUAUGUGUGUCCUGAUUCUAGAAGGAAGGUGUCACGGUGCGCUUCGGUCACAUUGUUUUUGUCGUCCCCCGCCCCGGUGUCCUUCAGGAAAGGCUGGUCUGAAGGACGCACGGUGACAUUUGUGUAGUGUUUAUGUAUCUUUAAGGACGGCGGGGGGAGGCGGUUGUUGUGCGUCCGAGCGAUGUAGCCUGCUUGGCGGCGUGGCCGACCCCACCUGCUCCCUCCGGCCGAGGAACGACGCGAGCUGGGAUGUCGAUGGUGUCAUCAGGAUAUGAAAGUUGAACAUUCUCUUCUUCCGCAGGAUCAUCACCCAGACAGAGAAACCUGGAAAUGGAGCCAGACAACAUGAGCCAAAGCCAGAUGCCAGCAGACGACCUUAGUGGAGCAGCAGGCGCAGUAAUGACUCAAACUACUACACCGAAUCCAUCAGAUCCAACACGUGAGCCCACCGCUGGGCCACCUGCCGCUAUUGCCAGGCCUCGUCGGCCACAGAGGAGUGCCAGAGUAGAAGGUUCUGUCGACAUAUCCGAACCCAAAGCGGAGCCCACAACAGUGGACAACCAGGGCCAGUGUGCACCUGAUGGCGCGGCAGCAAGUCGCUCAAAACCUGCUUUCAGUCCCCCCGUCAGAUCCUCGGGGGACCGACCAAGCAUCAAGACUGGUCCUAAAGGUCCAGGACACCAGGCGAUCAGAGCUGCCUCAGUGCCCCACCCACCUGCCAACAGGCCUCUACCCUCUCACCUGAACCCUCACACCCAGAGAGCUCUGUCGGUUGCAGGAACUGCUGACACUCAGGCCCAGACUGUGGAGGAUUUCAGGGUGCACAUCAUCACCUGGAACGUGGGUUCGGCCACGCCCCCUGAUGACAUCACCUGCUUGCUGGGUUUGAAUGUAGGUGAUGGAAACACAGACAUGUACAUCAUCGGGCUGCAGGAAGUGAACUCUAUGAUUAACAAACGGCUGAAAGAUGUCCUCUUCACGGACCAGUGGAGCGAGGUCUGCAUGGAAAGACUCAGCCCCUUUGGAUACGUGCUGGUGACCUCUCAGAGGAUGCAGGGCGUGUUGCUGCUGGUUUUUGCCAAGUACUACCAUCUGCCUUUCCUCCGAGGAGUCCAGACUGAGACCACCCGCACCGGCCUGGGGGGUUACUGGGGGAACAAAGGCGGAGUCAGCGCCCGCAUGACAGUGUUUGGACACACAAUCUGCUUCCUCAACUGCCACCUGCCGGCUCACAUGGAAAACUCCUAUCAGCGCAUGGAGGACUUUGAGAGCAUCCUGCAGCAGCAGCAGUUUGAAGGCCAAGCAGCUUCUGGCGUUCUAGACCAUGAUGUGGUGUUCUGGUUCGGUGAUCUCAAUUUCCGCAUCGAUGACUUGGAAAUGCAAGUGGUAAAAACAGCCAUCGACAAUAACAAACUUUCCAUGCUGUGGGAAAAAGAUCAGUUAAACAUGGCAAAGGACAGUGAGACCGUGUUAAUGGGAUUCCAUGAGGGGCCGCUCAAAUUUCCCCCGACAUACAAGUUUGAUGUAGGGACCAACGUAUACGACACAAGUGGAAAGAAGCGUAAACCAGCCUGGACCGACCGAAUCCUGUGGCGCUUAAGAGCCACAGCGCCUGCUGCCAGUACAGGGAAGCGUGGUUCAGUUUCAGGGCUGACCAGCGGGACCAAAGUGACACAGCAUUACUACCGAAGUCACAUGGAAUAUUUGGUCAGCGACCAUAAACCCGUCUCUUCUAUCUUUACCUUGCAGUUCCCUUACAAGGUGGAUGUCCCUUUGGUGACACUCCAGGUGGAGGAUGAGUGGAAUAGUAUUGCUGAUGCCAUAACCAAAUUCAAACUAGCACCCAACUAUGCUCGCAGUUCCUGGGACUGGAUUGGACUUUACAAGGUGGGAUUCAAACACCACAAAGACUAUGUGGGAUACGUGUGGGCCAAACAAGAAGAAGCAGAUUUUCAAAGACAAGAGCACCAGGUAAUGAAGACGUGUCCAGAAGUCUUGUUUAAAGACAAGUUCCUCUCAUGCUUAGUGAAUGUUUCACAAACUGUUGUGCAGGUAACCUUUACGGAAGAGGAAUUGCCUAAAGGCUCAGGGGAUUUUAUCUUGGGUUACUACAGCAACAACAUGAGCACCAUUGUGGGCGUAACUGAGCCAUUUCAGAUCCAGCUUCCUACUUCAGGCCAUGACGUCAGCUCUUCAGACAGCUCUGACUUCAGCUCCGAGGACGACAGCACUGUCGUUCUCACAAAGUCGAGGUCCCGCAGUCCCAGUCCUCACAAGGGCAAGCGUCACCGCCGCCGUCGCAGUGGCAGUCACAGCCGCUCUGGAAGUCCUGUGCAGACCCAAAUGAAGGAGAUAACUGCCCCCACAACUUUAUCCACGUCUGAGUGUGAGUCCACAAAACGUCCAGCAGAGGGGAGCCAUUCUGAUGAGACCAAACAGAGAGAGGAGACUGGAGUGUGAUGAGCAUGUUGUCACAAGCCACUAAAUCAAUAGUUUUUUUCUUUUAUACAUCUACAUGUUUUAUCUCGUGAAAAUGCACAAUUUGUGAUGCCAUCGGUUUUAUUUUUCCUACCGCCUGGUUCCUUUAGAGCAGGGGUUUUCUUCCGAGGGAGAUACAGCAGCUUGAGAACGAUAAAGAAAAGCCUUUUUCAAACAUACUAAAGGCAACAAUUAUAGGAUUUUCAUUUCUGCAAUAAUUAUGUGCAUAAAUCCUUAACUGUAUUAUACAAUUGCACUUUGAAAACCCCUGCUUUAGAGCUUGUCCUAAAUGUUUCAUCGCGUCCUGUAUUUUCUCAAUCGUGCGUUGUUUUAGUUUCUUAAUAUUUUAAGGGCAUUUUCACGCACUGUGGUCGGUCGAGCUUAUUUGUUUAUCCCAUUGUUUGGACAGCAAAUACAUCAGGGUGCAACUGAACGAUAACAUUUCUCAGAUUGUGAUCUUGCUCAGGUUGCACACUCCAAGUGCUUUGCAUACUGCCAUGUGACGAAGCACAGAUACCCUUGCAUUGGAAGUGUUUGAAAAAAAAAAAACAUCCUCCUGCGGCCAUCUGCAGUCAUUCUAGGUGGUUCAACCAAAAAGAAAAACGUUGAAAAAUGUUAAGACAACAAAGUAGCCAAGCAGUCCCAACAGUUACGUCUGCAGACACGUUAUCAGCACAAGGUCACAUGAUCGCCCACCAUUCCCUUUGAAAAUACACUGGUUUUAUCAAACAUAAUUGCAAAGCGGUUUAGCCGUGCAAUUCCAACAUGUGGUGUAUACGGUGUUCCUAAAUAUCCAAGCAAAAACAAAAUCGAUAAAUGCACACCUUUUUAGGGUUUAGGGGGCUCUGCUACUCCAGCCGUGUCAGCAGCAGAGAGUGAAUGUGAGAGUAAAGGGCUUUAAAUAAACCCUCCAGCCCCCUAAAUGAGCACAGUGAGAAGUGGCGUCCUGUGGGUGGAUCACUGUCAGCUGACACAGCACAGCUGUCCAGCCAGAACUCAUUUUUAUUGGCUGUAAGGGCAGCUGAUAUUGUCGGACCGAUUAGGACGAGGCUUUUAACGUGACUCGCAUGGGCCUCGACAAACAAACACUAAAAAUCAGUUAAAAAGUACUUGCGUCAUUUGCUUCUUGCAUGAUGACAUUCCAGUUGAUAUGAAACGUAAUAACUACCAAACGGGAGUAAAAACUCUACCAUGUAGAGCAACCACAGGGCUUCGUAUUUGCAUUGUGAACCAAAGCUGUCAUGUGACAAUGUUGAUAUUUCAUCUUAUACUUACAUGCUCAGUUUGAUGUCAUUUUUGCUCUGUUGUCUUUUUUUGUCAUCUCAUUGACGAUUCUCCUUCACGGAUUGGGGUGAUUGACAUUAGUGAGAUUAGUUGUUACCUUGUGACCCCUGAUGACCCGUCUAACACACUUUGCGGCUCUUAGCGUGUAGGACAGUAUUGUGUAGCUGUAAUCUCAUUGUGUAUGUCUGGCGAAAUGGUGUUUUGAUAGCGACGGGUCAAAUGAUGCCUAUAUAUGAAACCGAAGGGGCGGCACUCUGACCCUUGAAGCCUCGAUGUGUGUGUCGCUUCAAGAAAAAAAAAAACAUGACUGAUACAGCGCCAAACUGUGUUUAUUAGGAAGUGCUUUUUAACUGUUCAAAAGUGACCGUUCAUACAGUUGUAGGAGUGGCAUACCAUGUUUGGUAUUAGUUUUUGUCACCAUCGUCGAUCUAAAUUGAACUAAGAAAAGGGGGAACUUUCUAAGUGUGGGAUAUUUUUUUAUCUUAUUUCACCAGAUAAGAUCAUUUUCCUACUAUUUGGCUCAUUAACCAAAGUUUUGUGUUUCACAUCUUUUGAAGUUUUUUAAUCCAGCAAAGAUUGGCUGACCAUUAUGAAACAAUACCACGGUAUCAGUGCAGUGUCCAUACAGCCGGCGAGUGUGCCACACGCUCACUGAGGUGUCAUUUACCCAUCACUAAUGUUUGAUGCGACUGCGUUUGCAUGGUGUGGACAUACUCUACAUUCCGGUGCUGUGAUUUGUGUGCCGUCAAGUGCUGUUUUUGACUUUUUGUCAUACCUGUGAAAGUUGUUACAAAAUUUAGCAAAGGUACAGUAAUAGUGGUUUAAAAAUGUAACUUCCAUGUAAAUGUUAGGUGAAGAACAAAUCUGAAGCUGUCAAAUGAUUUCAAAGUGUAUUUAAGUGUGUUAUUUAUUUGGAAAUGAAGAUAUAGUGUAAUGAACCUUUUUGUGUAGAGUAAGAUGUUAUAAAAAUGAAUAGAUUGUGAGGUGAAUUAGAUCAAUUGCAGUCAUGAUUAGUGACUAUUGUGGAGAGAAAAAACUGUACAGAAUGUAAUUGUCAAGAUAAAUACUGUAUGUAUGAAUGAUACAAAUGGAAUAUGGAUAGCAGACAAUCUAUGCCACAAAGUUUAUUUUUUCCUUGAAUUGUGUAUUUAUUUUCUUAUUUAGAUAUAUAUGUACAUUUUAAAUGAACCUGAAUUCUGCUGGCCAGUGAGGGAGCAUUAUUUCAGUGGAGAAUUUUUUUUUUUCUUUCUUGACGUUAUGAGUGAGCCUGUUUGCUACAGGUUGGACAUGUUUCUUUUACUGAAUGAAGAGUAGACUGUUUAGUCUACAUGUGUUUGUAUGACUGCUACAGAAAAGUAUUUAAAUGCUAAUGAAUCUAAUCUUGUGAGACAUUUGACUUGAUAUUUGGCAUAUGAGACCAUAGGGAUUCCCAUAAGUGCAAGGAAACUAUAUAAACAUCCCUUUAAAAUCG